AUGGUGCUCCUUCUAAAAACGAAAUUUUCAUCAACAAUAUAUUAUCGUUUGGGAAUUUUAUCUAUUAUUGCAAUAGCAAUUGCUGUAACUACGCAUAUUCAAAAACCAAAUAUUUUCACAUAUUCAUCUCUAAUUAAUUCAAAAAACCAGUCUAAUUUAACACAAUCGAUUAGACGAACAAGUAAUACAGCUUGUAUCGUGUAUCUCGAACAGAUUAGUGGCCGUCUAGGUAAUAAACUGUUUAUGGUCGCUAGUGCUUAUGGUCUUGCUCGUCUUCAUUCUUGUCACUUGUAUUUAACACCAGCGAUAAUCAAUGAAAUGAAGCUAGUAUUUAUUUUUGAUCUUUCUCCUGUGCUUAUUUCAACCAACAUGCUCAAUUCAAUCAUCAAUAAUACUGCAACACCGAUUACUAGAACAAUGCAAAGUGUUGGUUGUCAAUAUGUUCCUGAAUUGAAGCGUCCGAAUGCUAUUUCUCUAGGACAUAUAUUUGAAUUGAGAGGUUAUUGGCAAUCAUAUCUGCAUUUUCACAAACAUAGCUAUGAGUUACAGAAUCAUAUUUUUGUUGCGAGACAACCAGUAAUCGAAAAAGUCUCAAAGUUAUUUAUUAAUAUUUACGAACAACAAUUUAAAUUGAAACCUCAAUUUUCAUUGGACAAUCAUCAAUUAUUUAAAAAGCAAUUAGCUGAAUCAAAAUGGACAACAUGGAUUGGAAUUCAUGUACGGCGUUUAGAUUUCUUUCACUUAAAUUUUUCUUCGUCCGAGCAAUAUUUAUUUUUUGCUGUUAAAUAUUACAGAAAACGCUAUCCAAAUGCUUCUUUCAUAGUCGCUAGUGAUGAUAAGGGUUAUUGUAGAAAUUUAUUUCAUGAUCAAGCAAAUGUUUUCAUUACACCAGAAUCAUUUUCUGAGGUCGAUGAUCUAAUAACGUUAUCAUUUUGCCAACAUUCAAUUAUAACUGGUGGAACAUUUGGAUGGUGGGCAGCUUAUCUUGCCAAUGGUUAUGUGAUUCAUGAUAAAGUAUAUCCAUCUGGAUGUGUACGACGUGAACAUUACUAUCCGCCAUGGUUUUUAAUAGAUGGAUAUGUGCGAGCGCAUAAGAAUAGUGCUAAUAUUUUGCGAUAA